AAAAUCAGCAGUGCAAAAUCUUCGAUCGGAUUCGGAAAUUUAUUUCAUCGUAGCAUAAAAGUCGAAAAAUUGCUGCCUAAUCGCAUAGCUCACCAUGGAGGCCGUUCCCCGUAUGCCGAUGGUCAGCUUCGAGCUGAAAAGCUGUCCGGAGAGUACCUCCUUUGGCCCGCUGAAGCAGUAUGUCGCAGAAUACUAUCACGAGGAUCCGGAUUCGUACUCAAAGGAAUGCUAUCAACUGGAGCAGUUGCGAGGUAUGGCCAUGCGACCGUCACAUGACGUCGAAGGGACGGCAGUGGUUAAACGAUACUACUGUCAGCUGCAUUCGCUUCAGAACCGAUUCCUGCUGAACCAGUUGCCUGAAAGUCAGCAAAUGCUUAGUUUCAGCUGGAAGGACCUGUACAGCGGCGCGACACUGCAGAAGAACAAUAUCAAAUUUGAGAUGGCAGUGAUAUUGCAUAAUUUUGGUUCGCUGCACACACAGCUGGGGGCGGCGGAAAGUCGUGCCGAUCCUGAGAGUAUGAAGAAGGCGUGCACUCAUUUUCAGUGCGCUGCGUGGGCUUUCGGUUAUAUUAAGGACAAUUAUGCGCUGCUGCUGCAGGGGGAUCUUUCCACUGAGCUGUUGAUUUUCAUGCAAGCGCUGUGCUUCGCACAGGCUCAAGAGUGCAUUAUGGAGAAGAGUCUGUGUGACAAUCGCAAGUCGGGUAUAAUUGCGAAGGUAACGGCUCAGAUAGUUACGUACUACAAUUCAGCACUGGCUGCUCUAUUGACUCAGAAUGGAGAAGAUGGACGAAUUCAGGAUAUUGUUGGAAGCAAGCAGUUCAAGGAGUGGAGAAAGUAUGUCAAGUUUAAGAUUUCCUAUUUGUCCUGCAUUCUUCUGCUUUACCAAGGACAACAGUCGGAGGAGCAGCAAAAAAUGGGCGAACGAGUUGUGCUGUAUCAGGCUUCUUUCGAUAAACUAGAAGAAGCGAAAAAAGAAUCGAAAGGUCUAGCUAAUAUCGAACAAAUUAACGACGCGCUUCAGUUUACGAUGGACGUAGUGGAGGCAAAGCGAAAGUCGGCAAAAAAUGAAAACGAAUUUAUUUACCACGAAGAGGUGCCGGAAUUGAGUGCUAUUUCUGCUGUACAAGGUGCGAAUCUGGUUCAUGGUAUACCCUUCAGUGUGACUGAUCCGGAUGCCAUGGGGGAGGAUAUUUUCCAUCGGUUGGUACCGAUGAAGGCUCAUGAAAGUAGUUCGGUUUACAGUGAGGAGAAAGCCGAUCUGCUGCGGUCGGUUGGUUCCCGGGUAGAGGAGAAAGAUUUGGAAUUGACUUCGUUUAUGAGUUCGCUCAAUUUAGACUCGAUCAACGUUCAAAAUCCGAGCAGCUUUAAUGAAAUUCGACUGCCACAGGGUCUGGUUGAUCGCUGUGCCGAUUUGAAUGCUAAACCGAAUGCCAUUCCAGAUUUGGUGCAAUCGAUGUCCAACCUGGCGGAAAGCUGUACCGAAGUGGAGAUGAUGUUGAAGGAAAUCAAGCAUCUGCUGAAGCAGGACGAAAUUCAAGAGGAUAGCUAUCAGCAAAAGAUUGGCCAGCGCUCGAAUGGGGGUACCCACAUAGCCGAACUGAAUCGGGAGUUUACCAAGUACCAGGAGGCUCAUAAUAAGGCCGGUGAAAGCAACGAUACGCUGCGCAAGGCGAUGGGAUUGCACGUGCACAAUUUGAAAAUAUUGGCCCAACCGCUGAAGGAUAUUAAAGAGCAAAUUCCUGCCAGCAGUGAGCAGUUUGACGAAAUGACCUUGAAGGAUUUGCAGGGGAUUUUGGCUAAGGUUAACGAAAUGCGCGAACAACGCGCCAAACUGUACCAGGAGCUGCGCGAUAACGUAACGAAUGACGAUAUUACUACACAGCUGAUAGCACUGGAGAGUGGCUCGGAUAGCAAAAAACGCAUGCAGGAACUUUUUAAGAAGGAACUGGGAAAGCACGACCAGUUGGUGGCUUUGCUGGAUGCCAAUUUGAAGGCGCAAGCUAACAUCCUGAAGGCUUUGACCGAUAUUUACGCUCGUUCUGCGCCGAUUAUAAAAUCAAUUAGCGAGGCCAAAACAAAAAGGGAGCAGUUUUUCUCCUCACUGCAAGGUUCGUACGAUGUGUACGAGGACCUUCUUUCGAAGAGUGCAAAGGGAUUGGAAUUUUACCGGAAACUGCAGGUGAACGUGCAGAAACUGUACUCCCGAGUUAAGGCCGCCUGCGACGUUCAGGAUGAGGAACGCAACCAAAAGUUGAAAUCAAGCACGGCUAUGAAGAAACAGUCUUCGGAUUCUUCCUUACCAAUAUCGGCCUUCCGAGAGAGUCCAAAGUUAAGCGGGGGUCCGAAACUGAAGGACUAUUUAAAAUCAGGCAACAUAAGUUUGGGCUCCAUCAAAGCUGCUGGAAUAGAUGUCAAUCCUUCCGGUUAUGUUCCCCCUGUCCGACCCACACCAGUCGGGUCUGAAAGCACUGCUCCGGCGGUAAGCUCUGCAUCCGGCAGUGGAGGAUAUUAUCAAGACUCGUAUGCGAAUUAUAAUUAUUAUUCAACUACAACCGGAGCUACAAAUGUACCGCCAGUUGCGGCGGAUUAUUCUCAGUACUAUCAACAACAGCAACAAAUCAGCAGUUAUGGACCUGUUUCUACAUUCCAGUCGAGUACGAAUCCGACAAUAACUUCUACACAAACGCAACCAACAGGUUUCGUCAAUCCCAUGUAUCAGAAUACAGUGAAUAAUUAUUAUGGCAAUAGGCAAACUGCGGAAUACAGUCAAUAUCCUGUUCCGCAACCCUCGCCAGCCUUAUCAACAAGUUCUAGCGAGGUUGCGUCGACAGCGGCAGUGCCUCAGGCGCAGAAUUGGAAUCAGCUGAAUCAACAAUUCGGUGCAAUGAAUCUCCAAACGUCCACGACAGCAGCAACAUAUCAACCAACGGUUGAUUCCAGUUCCGCCGCUGGUUAUGUACCAGCUCAACCCUAUCAAGUCGAUAGCAGUGCCGUAAGUCAACAAUAUUCUACGACUCCUGCCUACAAUGGCUACACAAAUCAGACAGCUGCCCAAUAUCAGGACGUUUCUGGACAAUAUUAUACACAACAACAACAACCACCACCACAGCAACUGCAACAACCUCAACCCCAACAGCAACUACAACAACAUUUGCAAACCCCGCAAGGAUCAGCUUAUACCCAACCAACUCAAUUACAAACCGAUUCGCAAGCCACUGUUCCUUUGUCGUCGACUUCAUAUCCUUCUUAUCCCGGCUAUUCCUAUAACCCUCAAACAGGUGCUUACGACUACAUCGGCGUCAAUCAAUACAGUACCGUUACGCAAGCCUCGUACAUAAAUCAAUACAGUAAUCCCAAUCAGACGACUGCAGGAAGUGUCGCAACGCCCUCGGCCACGCCAUAUUCGCCAUCUGUAGCUGGAUCUUACGACGUCAACCACUCCCAACAGCAACAGCCUUCAUACGUAACUGCGUACAGCAACUCCUUGACGCCAUCAACAGUAACUCAGUCUGUUACAACUCCAGCUGCAGCAAGCAUUAAUAAUAGUGCUCCAGCUUACUACGGAAGCUAUAACUACAACCAAACCCAACAACCGCAAUCCUCGGAUUGCAACCAGCAGUACUAUCCACAGGACCAAACCCAAAAUUCCGCUUAUUUUAGCUCGGGAUAUGGAUCUAAUGUAAACCAAUAUCAGCAACCGAUAGUGAAUAACCAACCGACGGUAGGACCAGCGACAGGCCAGUACUCCACUCCCUCUAAUCCUAGUACAACGAACAACGCCCCCAACACUCCCUACGGAUACAAUUCAGCAGUCAGCUACCCAAAUACGACAACCGAACCAACUCAGCCUCAAAGUUAUCAACCGCCAGUUCCCGCCGUCCCCCAGUCAACGUCAACCGAACAACCACAUACAGCAGUAACCACUCUACCGGCGCAGACCCAGCCUCAACCCGCCGCCAGUUCAACAGUCAUCAAAAAAUCCUCCAACCUCGACCUCCUAUCCGGUCUCGACUUCACCCCCGUUGCUCCGGCGACUGCAGCUCCCAUUCUACAACCUCAGUCGGUCCUAACUCGAACCACAGCUGAUGACGAAGUAAAGAGUGAAGUCCUCACCCCUACCAAGGUAGGAACCGCCGAUUCGCUGCCAGCGGAUGUGCUCCCCUCCGCAACACCGAACAGUUUUAAAAAACCAUCAGCGGAACCAUCGGCGACGAGCUUCGGCGAUCGGAAACCGAGCGUUGACAACCUAUCCAUCUGUUCCGAUCUGAGUUCGAUCGAUCAGAAUUUCGACUGGGAAAGUGCAUCACUGCGUGCGGCGGUAGUACCCGUCACAGCAGCAGCAGUGGAUUAUCCGCCUGCAGCGGCCAGUGCCAGUGCGGUAACUGCCAGCAAUAACAUCAACAACGUCAACAACAGUAUUCUGGUGCAGCCUGCGCGUGAUCCCUUCGAGGAUCAGGCCACCCUCAAAUGGUUCCACAAGGAGGUCGAACGGCUGGAAAAGUUCAUCGAUACACUGAAUGUGAAAACACUGAACGGUACGACUCCGCUCGACGGCAAAUGGAAGGAGCUGCAGGAUAUGCUGGUGAAAGAGGAAUCGAAACGACAAGUCGGUGUGGCGAGGCUGUUUCCGGAAAAAAACCGAUCAAUCGAUUGCGUGCCCUAUGACCAUGCUAGAGUGACGCUACCGACCGACACCGACAAUUACAUCAAUGCAGUUUUUGUGAAGGAUCUCGGCUUUGGGUGUCCUCAAAUGAUCCUGGCGCAGACUCCGCUGCAGAACACAGUGAAUGAUUUCUGGAACAUGAUCUGGUCUCAAAAGGCAACGGUUGUUGUGUGCUUGCACACGCCCAAUGAGAUUUUGGACACUUUCUGGCCCUGCGACAUCAAUCAAGAACUAACCUACGGCGACGUUUCAGUAUCACUAGUCAAACAGUUCGAUUUGACGCACUGCAUCGAGCGAGCGUUGCGGGUCACAAUGCUCGGUUCGGAUGUAAUUUUAACCGUUACGCUGAUUCAGGUGAAACUAUGGCCUAAACUGUCGGCGGAAUACAUGCUUGGAAUUGCCCAGAACGUAAUCGGUGCCUAUCGACAGCAGAGUCAGGAGCUGAAGCAACUAACACCCUUGAUUGUUAACUGCCUGAACGGUUCCGAUCGGUCCAGUUUACUAGCGGUGGCUAUUGCUUCAAUUUUGGCAACCCAGUCACGAAAACCGGUUCUAAUAAAUGUGGUGGACAUCUGGUAUCGAAUAUGCUGUCAGAGAAAGGGAGCCCUUCGUGAUCCGAAUUAUAUUCAAAUGUCCUACAACAUCGUGCUGAAUAAUGGGCAUAGUAUUCUGAACAAACGCGGUAUAAUGACAUCCUAUCAGAUGAAAACGGUACAAACGAAUGCUGCCGCCGAAAAGGAGGAAACAAUCAACGACCCUUUCAAAGAUCUGGAUCCUUUGUGGAAGCUCAAGUGAGCGAGCGAGCGAAAGAGUUCUGGAACCGUACUCCGCGAAGCAGCAACCAAUCUUACUACACGUUCCGUUCGUAUGCAUUGAUCUAGGUUACUGUUCAACAGAAAUAUGUAGGCUUUCCGCUGCACGUACGUAGCACUAUUACUGCUUGGGACAAAGCGUUUAUCAUUGUUAAAUUCGCUGCAUAUUAAGGGCGCAAGAAAUAUUUUAAUAUAUUCACAAUUAUUAUCGUAUACCCACUUUACUAUGGAAGCUGAUUUAUUGAUUAUUGCUAAAGCAAAUCUUUAAUUGAGUAAUAUAUAAUUACCUAUACAUGAAUGCGAGCGUGAUCAGGAAGAGAAUGCACCUUGCAGGAAAGAACUGAAGUUUUGGAUAUUUGCUAGAAGUUUACUAGAAGCAUGCAAUAACGA